GCGACGUCACGUCUCGGGCAAACAAGCUCAGUCAGGGAAGUUCGCCCGCAUUAAAGGGCUGGGGGGCGAACAUGAGACCGACCCUAUAGAUUCAGGAGGAGUGUUCAUGCAUCUCAACAACGGCGUCAACCGAUCGAUCUCUCAUCGAGCCGCGGGGACGCGCUCCUCUGAUCGAGUCUCCAGAGAAAACCGCUGUGUGACCCACUCGAUGUUUGACCUCCUCCUCCUCCUCGUCCUCCUCCUCCAGUCAGAGUGUGGCGAGACUGUGAUGUGACGAGCGACGGCCCCCGACGACCUCAGCACCAACCAAUCGUCAGCCUGUCUGGAGGAUGCACCUGCAGGCCUACCCCCUCCCCCAGCGCUCCCCCAGGAGGGCCCAGCAGGGGGAGGUCCUCCGCGCCGCCGCCGCCGCCGGUAACCGCGGCAACCCGGGAGGGGGGACCCGCCACCCCCUGAGCGUCCUGUCCGGCAACACGUCGCAUCGCCACGGCAACGGGCCGACCCACCGCGGCAACGACAAGACCUCGUCCCGCGGCCCCGCCCCCCCUCCGCCGGGUUGCCACGACGACCAGGAGGAGCCGUGGAGCGUGGUGCGGCCCGGCUACGUCCGGGAGAAGAUCGCCAUGUUCGCCUCCUCGCCGCCGCCAUCGCCGCCGCCACCGCCGACGGGCGCCGAGGACCCGGAGGAGGCCUUCGGCUCCACGGGCGGGGGGGGGCUGAAGGUGAAGGGGGGCUGGGAGCGGGAGAGCCGCUCUGCCAAGCGGCCGCGGCGGUCCGGGGGGCGGGGCCUCGCGGCGGGGGGAGGGGGGGCGGAGCCUGAGGAGGCGGUGUCGGUGGGCGAGAUGGUGGCCUCCCUGGAGCAGCGGAUGACCUCCGGGCCGGGCGGCGGGGGGGAGGCGGUGCGCGUCUGGGACCUGGUGGCCCGGCUGGAGUCCGAGUGUGUGAAGGGCCCCUCGGGACCCGGCCGGCGGCUCCUAAGGGGGGUGGGACGCGUGCUGUUGACCCACUCCUCCUCCUCCUGCUCCUCCUCCUCCUCCUCUUCCUCCUGCUCCUCCUCCUCCUCCUCGCCCCAGCCUCCCUCGGCCCCGCCCACGCCGGCCCCGGGUUCCGGUUCAGAGGCCCGGCUGGAGGUCCAAAGACCCCGGGCCCGCCCCCCCACAGACCCCCAGACCCUGCGCUGUGGGCAGGAGGAGGAGGAGGAGGAGGAGGAGCCAGGGAAGCUGUUCUUCUCCUCGCCGCUGGUCCAGAUCUUCUCCUCCUCCUCCUCCUCCUCCUCCUCCGCCCGGCCCCGAGGAGAACCAGCCGUAGGAGGGAGCAGGUCGUCACGGGCCCUUCCUCCCACCUCCCCGCCGCUCCUCCUCCUCCCCAGCCCCGACUCCUGUGGAGCCCCAGAGCUGGACGUGAGGAGGGCACCGCCCCGAGGAGGAGGAGGAGGAGCACUAGAGCAGGAGCCCGGCGCCUCCCAGGACUUCCUGGAGGCGCGCUUCCAGCUGCAGCUCCUCCUGGAGCCGCAGCCCGCGCUGCUGCUCCUCCCGCAGCACCUCCUCCUGCACAUCCUGUCGCUGCUGCCCACGCACAGCCUGGCCGCGCUCAAGUGCUGCUGCCGCCACUUCGCCUCGCUGAUGGACGCCUACGGCGUGCGCGCCGCCGACUCCCGCUGGGUGGGCGACCCGCGCUACCGCGACGACCCCUGCAAGCAGUGCAAGCGGCGGUAUCGCCGCGGCGACGUGUCGCUGUGCCGCUGGCACCACAAGCCCUACUGCCAGGCGCUGCCCUACGGCCCGGGCCACUGGAUGUGUUGCCACGGCACCCGCAAGGACGCGCCCGGCUGCAACGUGGGUCUCCACGACAACCGGUGGGUGCCGGACUUCCACAGCUUCACCUCGGCCCUCUACAUGAGGAGGAGGGGGGAGUCCGCCGACGAGGCCUGAGGUGUGUGUGUGUGUGUGUGUGUGUGUGUGUGUGUGUGUGUGUGUGUGUGUGUGUGUGUGUGUGUGUGUGUGUGUGUGUGUGUGUGUGUGUGUGUGUGUGUGUGUGUGUGUGUGUGUGUGUGUGUGUUGCCAUUAGCAUGUGGGGAUUGAUCCUCUGCUGCCCACCGCCCACCAAACACACGACCAGCAGGAAGUAGUCCUCUCUGCCAUGGGUCUGCUUCCUGUGAGGGGGCCGCGUGCCGCGCCAUCUCUACG